CUGAUCCUCUUUCUCUCUCUCUGUACCUUUAUCUGUAUAUAACCUUUGUAAAACCUGAACAUCUUUCAUAAAUACACAAAAUCCAUUACUCUUAUCACAGUGUUGAAUGGACUGUUGCCUCUCCUACAACAGACCCGCCGUUCUCAAUUCUUUACCUUCCACGGUAAAGCCUGUGAAGGCGUCGUCGUUUACAUCUUCUUCCAAUUUCACCUUCAAUCUCCGAUUGUUCCGGCCGCUCGGUUGUCUUGUUCGAACUUCGAAUCGGAGGGCUUUGAUCGUUGAAGCUAGUGCGGAGGCGAGUCGUAGUCAGUGUGACUACAGUGGCUUGAACACGCCGCUGCAGCCGAAGUCGCCGGCCGGCAAGUUUUUGAGUAGUGUUUUGCUGAAUGAUCGUGGGUACUUCCAUGUUGCGGUGGCGGAGCAGUUGGAGCAGCUGGUUGCUGACAGCCAUGAAGCUCUGACUCGCAUGAAUUUGAGCUUGGGUUCUGAUGAAGCUUGCCUUCACAGGAGGAUUGCUGGAUUGAGAGAGCAUGAGUGCCAAACUGCAGUUGAAGACGUCAUGUAUAUGUUAAUUUUCUACAAGUUCUCUGAGAUCAGAGUCCAUUUGGUUCCAAGGCUUUCCCAAUGCAUUUAUAACGGCAGACUUGAGAUAUGGCCUUCGAAAGACUGGGAACUCGAAUCCAUCCACAGCUUAGAGGUAUUGGAGAUGAUAAGGGAACAUCUGACCACAGUGGUAGGCUGGAGAGCAAACUCUAAUGUCACGGACAAUUGGGCCACAACUCAGAUUCAGCGACUCCAGCUCUGCCGAAUCUAUGCUGCUUCCAUCUUGUAUGGUUAUUUUCUGAAGUCUGCUGCCUUGAGACACUAUCUGGAACUGAGUCUGGAUGAGGUCAACUAUGAUCUUGGUAUCAGUACUGAUAGUCAUAGUCCAUGUUCAGAGUUAUGGUCUUACGGAUCAAAGAAUAUUGUCUUUGGCCAGACUAGCAGGAUAAGAACCACAUCACUGGGUCAAUUGUCAUAUAGCCAGGAAUAUAACAGAGAGAAGCUGAAGGGUUAUGUGAUGGGGUUUGACCCGGAGACAUUGCAGAUGUGUGCAAAGCCAAAGUCUAAAGUGGCUGUGAAUCUGAUUGAGAAGCAUAGUUGUGCACUUUUUGCAGAUGAGAAAAUGGGGUUGCUCGAGACUGGUGAAGUGAUUUCUACAUCAUUGGCAAGUCUGAAGAGACUAGUUUUGGAGGCCAUUGCUUUUGGUUCUUUCCUUUGGGAUACAGAGGAAUAUGUUAAUUCUGUUUGUAAGCUUGCGGAGAACUGAUUAGCAAAACUGAGUUACAGAGCUUGCUUGAAGGUUAGAUCUAUCUGUACAUAUGAGUUUCCUGCUUUUGACUCUGGCAACUUUUGCAGUCCCUGAAUUUGAUUACUGCUGUAUAUACCCCAAUAGAACUCUAAUGUAUAAAAGUUCUAAAUAGUGGUGGAUGAAUUAUUCAAAAGUAUUUGGUUUCAUGUAUUUUUAGCUUGUGCAAUAUAAAUUGGCUGCCUUUAUGUCUUUCCUGAUUAUCAUACCUCUUAGGUUGCUGCUUGCUGACUUGACCUGCCCUCUUGGAUGAUUUUUCCUUAUUUCAUUGUUUUAAAGAGUAUGAGGUCAUGAACCCAUGCUUAGGAUGGUGUGUUGUGUGCUUGUCGUGUGGCAUGCUUAUUAUUUACUAAAAAACUUGAGAGUGACAUACUGUUUAUGUAAUUGAUAAUUGAAAACCAAAAUAUGUAAUUAAGUAGUUGGCAAAACGUCGUUAAGACAAUGUGCACCCAUAAAAAAUGUUCUAUAUGAGAGAUCUUACAGAUUAGCCGGUUAUCUC